CACUUCCCCUGUUUUUCACCCUCUGUUUUCCUCUGUUUUACUCUGUUUUUCUCCAUUUUUUCAUCUUCAAAGUUCCUCAAAAAUGGAUCCAGUUUCUGUAUGGGGCAAUGAACCCCUUAUCACAACAGACCCAGAAAUCUUCGACCUUAUAGAAAAAGAAAAACGUCGUCAAUGUCGCGGUAUUGAACUCAUUGCAUCAGAAAAUUUCACUUCAUUCGCUGUAAUUGAAGCUCUAGGCAGUGCCUUAACCAAUAAAUACUCAGAGGGUAUACCCGGAAACCGUUAUUACGGUGGAAAUGAAUACAUUGAUCAAAUCGAAAAUCUCACUAGAAGUCGAGCAUUACAAGCAUUUCACUUAGAUCCAACGAAAUGGGGUGUUAAUGUUCAGCCAUAUUCAGGUAGCCCAGCUAAUUUCGCUGCGUAUACAGCAGUUUUAAACCCCCAUGAUAGGAUUAUGGGUUUAGAUUUGCCAUCGGGAGGGCAUUUAACACAUGGGUAUUAUACAUCUGGUGGGAAAAAAGUUUCUGCUACUUCGAUUUACUUUGAGAGUUUGCCUUAUAAGCUUGAUUUUACAACUGGGUAUAUUGAUUAUGAUAGAUUGGAAGAGAAAGCAAUGGAUUUUAGACCUAAAUUGCUUAUUUGUGGAGGCAGUGCUUAUCCUAGAGAUUGGGAUUAUAAGAGAUUUAGAGAAGUUGCUGAUAAAUGUGGAGCUCUUUUGCUUUGUGAUAUGGCUCAUAUUAGUGGACUUGUUGCUGCUCAGGAAGCAGCAAAUCCCUUUGAAUAUUGUGAUUUGGUCACUACUACUACCCACAAGAGCUUAAGAGGUCCACGAGCAGGUAUGAUCUUCUACCGCAAGGGUCCUAAGCCACCUAAGAAGGGCCAACCUGAGGAUGCAGUAUACGACUUUGAAGACAAGAUUAAUUUUUCGGUUUUCCCCUCUCUCCAGGGUGGUCCUCACAACCACCAAAUCGGUGCUUUAGCUGUGGCUCUGAAACAGUCCAUGACUCCCGGUUUUAAGGCCUAUGCUAAGCAAGUUAAGGCCAAUGCUGUUGCUCUUGGCAAGUUUUUGAUGAGUAAAGACUACAAGCUUGUCACUAGUGGAACUGAGAACCACCUUGUUCUUUGGGAUCUUCGUCCUCUCGGUUUGACUGGUAACAAAGUGGAGAAGCUUUGUGACCUUGCCAACAUUACUGUUAACAAGAAUGCUGUAUUUGGUGACAGCAGUGCUUUGGCCCCUGGAGGUGUUCGUAUCGGUACUCCUGCCAUGACAUCGAGGGGCUUGCUCGAGAAGGACUUUGAACAGAUUGGCGAGUUCCUUCAUAGGGCUGUGACGAUCACCUUGAACAUCCAGAAGGAACAUGGAAAGCUUUUGAAGGACUUCAACAAGGGACUUGUUAAUAACAAGGAAAUCGAAGAACUGAAAGCAGAUGUUGAGAAAUUUGCCUCCUCUUUCGACAUGCCUGGAUUCAAAAUGUCUGAAAUGAAGUACAAGGACUAAACUCACACUUCGCGCUACGUCUACUCAUGCCUUUUUUUUUUAUGGAUUUUGUUCAUCUUGUUUGGUUGUUAAAAUUCAUUUACUAAGAAGAAAAAGAAUAAGUAUUCAUGCCUUGUCACUCUGUAAUUUGUAAUUUUAGGUUAGUGAUUGAAUCUUGUCUUGAAAGAAGUAUGUAGUUUGCCUCUCCCUCUUUGGUUUACUACAAACGGAAAAGUCGUUUUUCUCAUUCUUUAGAAA